AUGUCUGAUUUCCCACCUAACGUGUCAAUAAGACCGUUGACCAUUGAAGAUAUUAAUCAGUGUAUAGAGUUGGAAAAGAAAGGGUUUCCAGAGGAAGAAAGAUGCUCGCCGGCCAAAUUUAAAUAUAGAUUAACUGUUGCACCAGAAUUGUGUUCUGGUUUAUUCAUUAGAGACUAUGACUACAAGUACAACUAUAUCAACUUACCAGAUGUCGCCAAAUCACUUCAAGAAAAACAUGAUGCUGAAGAGAAACUGGAAUCAAAAAAGACUAAAGCAGGGGAAUCAGAUGAUGAAGAAUUCCCAGAAAAGUCGUCUGUGGUUAAGGAAACCUUAAUUGGUCAUAUUAUAGCUACCAAAGUAGAUGGCUCAAGGAUUACCGAAGCUUCGAUGGAGCUACCAUCAAAUGAUGUCAAAGGUUCCGGUCAUUGCGAAGCUUCGAGAUAUAUUGGAAUCCAUUCAGUAGUAAUCGCACCUGAAUGGAGAGGUAAAAACUUGGCUGCGUUAUUAUUGCAUGAUUAUAUUCAAAAAUUGUCAAAUCAGGACAUGGGAGACCAAGUUGUUCUUAUUGCACACAAGGAAUUGAUUCCAUUUUAUGAAAAAAUUGGUUUCAAUAAUAUGGGUGAGAGUGAAUGCAAAUUCGCCAAUACUACUUGGUAUGACAUGGCUAUAGAUUUAGUGCCCGCUGACGAUCUUUGA